UUAAUGAGCCUCCUUCUGAGAGAAAGCAGGUAACGUUGCAGGAAAAAAGAAAGUCACCGCGACCUGUCGGCGUAAAGUGUAAAAAACAAAAUACACAAUGAGUGAUUCGGAACAGCAACAAGAGGCUGAAAAGGUGUGUAAGCCUCAGUGGCCUGAAAAUGGAGAGGAGUGGAGUGAUGGAGAGGAUGGGACCAACAUGGACUGUGGGCUUCUGCAGGCCAUGGCAGAGGAAGAUGAGGAGAUAAACGUCUACAAUGAUGAGACGUUUGGCAUGGAUCUCGAUGCGCAUGGGACCACAGAGGACCCUAGCAGUGGUCUCCUUCAGUUUGGAGAGCUGCCACCUCCACCAGCACCAACACCACCACCACCUCUACCUCUACCUCCACCAGACCCCAAACCAUUAUCCCGCCACAGCUCCCCCUCCCCUCCCAGACAGAGGCCACAGUAUCUGCCCCGGGCUCCACCAGGGCAGCGUUGCAGAGGCAGGGGACGGAGAGGAGGGCUGGGCAGGGGACAGAUGUUUGAAGACCCAGCUGUGAUGAGGAUAGUGGAGGGACGACCAAGCCUCAAGACUCUUGACAGUGCCAUUGUGGACUGUGGAAAUGCCAUGGUGUACCAGAAAACCUUUGAGGAUGAUUAUAUGUCACCGUCUUCCAGAAAGACUAGAAGAAUCUCAGGAUCAAUACUUCAGGACAGUGCAAUAGUGUGUGUGAUUGAUGGUCACAAAGGCAGAGGUCAGCAGCUGACCUCCAACUUCCUGGAUGCGUCAUAUCCUGUCUCUUCCUUCAGGGGCAGGAGAGGGGAACACAGAGGAUCCUACUCCAGGAGACAGUUUGGCCAAAGAGGCCCCUAUCAGAUGCAUGCAUCCAUGGCACCAGGAUCAUCCAUCUUCACGCGUCAGCCACUGACCCCGCGGCAACAUUACAAUCAGACAGGGGGCUUCAUCAUUCCAACUUACGGUUCUCAACCUCUCUGUCCUAAGUCUCUGACUCCGAGGAUGAUGCAACUUCGCUUUGGUGCCAACUCGCCGAGGCCAUCCCCCUUUUACAGCCCGUCGUCUAAUCCAGAGCAGCAUUUCAGGUAUCCCGGUCCGGUCACCCAGCUCCACCCUCAACACAAACGACUUCUUAGUCAAAAACAACGCAUAUUCCAAAGGAAAUCAGAGGGCUGGGAUCCCUACUGUAAUCUCAUGACGGCCAAAGAGAAGGAGUGGAUCAUCAAGCUGCAGAUGAUUCAGCUGCAAAGUGAGAAUCCAUACCAUGAGGACUACUAUUACCAGGAGUACUAUCGGCGGAUAGAAGCUAAGAUGGCGGAGGAGGAGCUGGGCAUCAGGAGCAAGAGGGAGCCACCCAAGCUCACCACGCCCUAUGUCACGAAAACUGACACGUACACACCAGUUGUGCACAUCGAAGGCUCACUGGGUCAAGUUGCUGUGUCCACGUGUUACUCUCCUCGCCGUGCCAUCAGUGCAGUUCAUGCAGUCCAGGCUCAGGGUCCACUCGAGGAACAAAAAGACAUCAGACAACAGCGGUUAGAGGUCCUCAGCAAAAUAGAAAAGUUGUUCAUGGUUCUGUUGGAAGUCGAGGAGACGGAGAGGAUGAAAACCACCGUCUUGUCUGAAGCUGAAGAAAGACGACUUAUGGAGAAGACACAGGAAAAAGUGGAGCACAUUUAUUCCAAGCUGCAACAUCACAAUUCCCUAGAUUCAGGGGUGGAGUUUCUUCCCUUUCUGCUGGUCCCAAAAGGCAAAACGCUACUUGCCCGUCUGCUCCCGUUCCUAAAACAUGAUUCUGCGUUGAAAAUCUUGAGCAUCGUGACCUCUAACCUUCCUACACUGAUGAGCAGAGAUGCGGAAGAGGCUCUUCCAGUGCUCUACCCGCCUCUUCGAAAAGUGAUUGGAGGGCUGACGUUCAGUCAGCUGAUUGGUGUCCUCAAAGAUCUGACAUCAUCUGAGCCUCUGACAACAUACGAGUCCCUCACGCUGGCAUGUCAGAACAAGUUUGGUCUGUCCUUGCUGUACGCUCUCUUGUCCCAAGGAGAGAAGCUGCUGUCCUCAGGCGUUCCUCUAGAGCCCAGCAUCGGCGACUUUGAGACCUGGACUGACACAAUAUUCCAGGUGGCGGGACAGCUGUCCCAGUGUUCACUGGUGGAGCCGCUCCUCCUGCCCUCAAACCUGCUCACCUUGUUCUGCCGUUACCUGGACAAACGCACUGUGCAUCAGCUGAAAAGCAACUUGGAGUCUGCAACUGGAUUCCUGGCGCUUCCAUCUUAAGGUGGACAUAAACUAAAGAGACGUUCAGCUAAUGACCACGUUGUUGUGAGCACUAGAGUUAAAGGAGCAGAGGGACAUCCCUGACAAAAAACUCCUCAGUGUUCAUUAAUAACUGAAGAAUGUAAUGUACAAAAUGCUUUGAUUCUUGUUUUUUUCUCCCCUUUCCCCCAUCCCUUCACAUUUUUGUGCACUCAGACUGUUUCCCUUUUUGAUUUCCUUUAUCUGAUGUUUUUACUUUCCUCCAUUUUGGUCUCCAGUAGGUCACAUCAGUGCAAAUUUUUCUGAAAUCACAAAUCUGCUCUUUUUUUCCCUUUUUGUUUUAAUUUCUCAAAACAAGUAUUGCCAUCAUUUCAUGACACUGCCACAUGCUGAGUCGGUAGCAUUACAUUAACUUGUAGGUGGAGUUGAUUUAUUUAUACGGCUUCUAUCUAAUUCCAGUUACAUUCAGGAAACUUGAGGUAUCACUUACUGAGAUAAAUGUGUUGGAUCAGGUAUUGGUGACCAGGUUGAGGAUUGUAGAGUAAUUUAUGAUUGUACAGCUGAACCUAUAUGUUCAUUAUUAUAAUAAUAACCAUUAAGAAAGUUGUCAUGGCACGGUCAAUCAACAAAAGCCAUGCAAUUUGGGUUUUUUGUAAAAAGGAAUGCAUUGUGUGUACAUGUGUAGUGAUACAAAUUAUGAUGUAUUUGAUGUAAUUUUUAUUUAUCAUAAUAAUUUGGAAACAGUAAUAAUUUAUAUUGCACCCUUGUAGAGCACUCGCAACACA